AUGGCUGCGACAGUUGCCAGACACAAGCACGUGCACGUCAGCCAUGACUACCACAGUGCACAGUCUAAGGUGGUAGCAAAGCAGUACACAAGCUCUGAGGUGGUGGAGGACGAUUAUCAUCACAAACAAGAAACAAGAAUCCAGGGAGUGGUGAGGAAGAAGAUGGUUGAGAAGUACGUCCGUGAGGAGUCUAUGAUCAGGGGCCCUAAGUUCCUGACCACACUCCGAUCCCAUACUGUUUGGGAGCACACUCCCGUGAAGCUAUACUGCACGGUCGAGGGCUACCCAACCCCUUUUGUGAAAUGGUAUAAAGAUGGUGUCAGCAUUGACUUAUCGUCAAUGAAAUACAAUGUGCAGGACAAUGUUGGAAUUCAUAACCUGGAGAUCGUCAAGUGUGAAACCGAUGACACUGCGCAGUACACUGCUGUAGCUAGUAACAUUCAUGGACAGGUCUCUACUCAGGCCUCUGUCAUUGUCAAGAGAUUCAGAGAAGAAGGGCAUUUAUCUUCCUAUGCAUGGCUUCCUUACACAAUUCCCAUGUUGCCGGAGAUCAAAUACACCAAGAUCAACAUCACCUUCCUGGAGACUUUUGGCUCGGUCUUUGGAACAGAAGGAGACACGGUCACAUUGGCAGCCACAAUGAACAUUAGCCCCAACCUAGCCAAUCUGCAGCCUGAAGCUCAAUGGUUCAGAGAUGAUCAUCGGCUGUCAGACUCCAAGUGGGUGAAGAUAGAGUCUGGUAGAGGCGAGACCAAGCUGAACCUGCCUCACCUGAACAAGGAUGAUGAGGGCGUCUACACUCUCCGUAUGGUGACAAAGGGGGGAGAUGCUGCGCACAGUGCAUUCGUCUCCUGUGCCGAUGGUCCACCCCCAGUACCUGGGUCUCCAGGUGCCCCUAUGGACAUCAAGAUCCAUGACGCCAACAGAGAUUAUGUCAUCGUGUCCUGGAAGCCUCCCAACACCACUACUGAAGGCCCCAUUAUUGGAUACUUUGUAGAUAGAUGCGAAACUGGAACUGAAAAUUGGGUGCAGUGCAACGACUCCCCCAUUAAGAUCUGUAAAUACCCUGUGCCUGGCCUUUUUGAGGGCCACUCCUAUUACUUCCGUGUGCGGGCGAUAAACUCAAAAGGUAUCAGCAAGCCCUCCAGAAUGUCUGACCCCAUUGCCGCCCUGGACCCAACUGAAUUUGAAAGGCUCCAUGCCAUCAAGUUGGGUGGUAAACUUGACGUUGUAACUUACUACGAUGACGUUGAAGACGAGAAGAAGGUGCCAGGAACCCCCUCAAAGUUGCAUGCCCCAGAGACCGACCGAACAUAUGUUGUCCUCAGCUGGAAACCUGCCCCCUAUCACGGCCGGGCCCCAGUGUGGUACUAUAUUGAGAAGUGCCUAGCUGAGACCGGUGCAUGGCAGAGGGUGAACACUCAGGUGCCUGUGAGAUCUCCUCGUUAUGCCGUGUUUGACUUGGCUGAGGGAAAACAGUACUUGUUCCGCGUACUGGCUGCAAACAUGUACGGCAGCAGUGAAGCCUCUGAGCCUACUGAGCCCAUUCAGACUCAAGAGCUGCGUGGUGUCCCCUCCGCUCCUGGUCAGGUGGUUGCCACAAGGCAAACUGACACAUCUCUUGUUAUCCAAUGGGCUGAACCCAAGGAGCCUAAUAACCUUAUUGGCUACUACAUUGAUGUCUGUGUAAAAGGCUCCAAGGACUGGGAUUCGGCUAACCACAAGCCUCACAAGAGCAACAAAUUUGUGGUUCAAGGCCUGACCACUGGUGAGACGUAUGUCUUCCGUGUGCAAGCCAUCAAUGAGCUGGGUCUUAGUGAUGAAUCACAGGAGUCGUCCCCCCUCUCUGUCAAAGCUGCCCUCACUAUUCCCUCUGCUCCAUAUGACAUUGCUCUGCUCGCUUGUGAUGGAGAGUCCAUGGUUCUGAACUGGAAGCGGCCCGUCCACUCUGGUGGCUCUCCGGUGGCUGAAUACUACAUCAACAAACGCAGGCACGGAGAACACACAUGGAGAGAGGUCAACAUCCCACCCAUCAAAGAGAGGCUGUUCAAGGUUGAACAUCUAAGUGCAGGUGCAGUCUAUGAGUUCAUGGUUUAUGGUGGAAGUCUUGCUGGUCUUGGUGCCCCCUCUGCCCCUAGCAAGGCUUUUCACUGUGAUGCCUGGACCAUGCCAGAGCCAGGUCCAGCUUAUGACAUGACCUUCUGCGAGAUCCGUGAUGACUCUGUGGUGGUGGAGUGGAAGGCUCCCGUCUACACCGGCACCAGCCCAAUCACAGGCUACUUUGUGGACUUUGCCAAGAAAGGCUCAGAUGAAUGGCACUGUUCCAAUGAGAGCCAUGCUGUCAGUCACCGCUACCACAAGGUGACUGGGCUGGAAGCCGGAGUGUCAUAUGUGUUCAGAGUGCGCGCGGCGAACUCUGAAGGUGCCGGCAAGCCUUCCUUGGCUUCUAACCCUGUGGUUGCCAAAGCAGUGGAAGGUGCCCAGGAGAUGACCUGCACAGUGGACAAAGAGUCAGGUGACAUCAUCCUGUCAUUUGAAAGCUGUCAAAUUACGGAGAGCUCCCACUUUGUGUGGAAGAAAUUCUACAAGGAAAUCACUGACUUCUCUAAAGAAAUUGUCAUCAAAACAGAGGGCAGCACCUCCAAGCUUAUUUUCAAGCACCCUGACCAGGGGGAUGUGGGUUGCUUCUCUGUUUCUGUAACUAACACGGAUGGUGUUUCUGCCAGCCAUGAAAUCCAUGCCGAAGAGCUGGAGAAAAUGCUGGCAAAGAGCUAUGGUAUCAGACACCCGGUGAUCCCUCUAAAGACUCAACUGGCCUACAAGAUUCUGGAGCGUGGUCGCAUGUGCUUCUGGCUGCAGGCUGAGCACAUCUCCUCUGCUGUCACCUACAAGUUCUUUGCUAACAACAAGGAGCUCUCAGCAAAUGAUCCAAAUCAUGCGAGUCACAACGUGGAGACUGGUAUCAUUGAGUUUGUGCUGGAUCAUUUCACAGAGGAUAGCGAGGGUACCUUUACUGUUCAGAUCGAAGAUGGCAAAGCCAGAGGCCAGUCCUCUCUGGUGCUAAUCGGAGAUGAUUUCAAGGCAGCUCUUGCAGACGCAGAACACCAAAGGAGCGAGUACAUCAGAGUGAAAGAAGGCCCCCACUUCAGUGAGUUUUUGUCAGUCCAUGUUGGGGACGACUGUUCUGUUGCACUCGUCUGCAAGGUGGAUAAUCUGAAGAAAGAAACAGCGCUGCACUGGUUCAAGGAUGACGUUGAGAUUACCCCUGAAGGGCCAGCCAAUCUGGCAUCUGGAGCCUGCAAGCUUCCUAUUUCCCUGUUCUCCAAGGCUUCCACUGGCAUUUACAAAGCUACCAUCAGUGAUGACAGAGGAAAGGAUCAGUCCCAAAUUGAAAUAUCCGGCCAUGCCUUUGAUAAAAUAAUCGAGAAGCUUUCUAAACUUGCUGGAUCCUCUGCAGCGGAGCUGGCAAUUCACUGCACUGCAACAGGCAUUCAGCUCCACUGCCACAUGAAAUACUACACAGAGGAGAUGAAAAUCCAUUGGCUGCAUGCGGAAAGCAAACUCUCUCACGCUGAGAAGGUGCAUAUUGGAGGUACCCCUGCCAUGGCCAUUAUGGAGAUCCUUGAACCCACAGACAAGGAUAAGGGUCUGUACCACAUCCAGAUAAUAGAUACGGAGAACACCUACAGUCGCACCAUUGACCUUUCUGGAGAUGCCUACGAUAAAGCCUUUGCGGAAUUCACAACACUAAAAGAGGAAGCAUAUGCUGAAGCUAACCGUGGCAAAGUGCUGGGCGGUCUGCCUGAUGUUGUUACCAUCAUGGAGAAGAAGACCCUGAGUUUGACCUGCACAGUGUGCGGAGACCCAAAACCUCAAGUCACCUGGUUCAAAAAUGGUGCAGAGGUGUAUCCCGAUGACCAGUACUUGGUGUCCCUCGAGUCCGGAAAGUUUGCCAGUCUCACCAUCAAAGGUGUGUCCCUGGAAAACUCUGGCAAGUACACCAUGACGGUGCAGAACAAAUAUGGAGGAGAGUCUGUGGAUAUCGUUGUGAGCAUCUACAAGCACGGUGAUACGAUUCCUCAGGCCAAACCAACUCUAACGCCCAAGUCGAUUAUCCCACCUAAACGUCCUAUUGAGAUCCCAGGUCCCAAGGUUGUCACUCCUUCCCCAGCCCCUGCUCAUGUCUCUUCUCCAGCCGGUGCCAAGUCCCCCACCCCUCCCAGGGGACUUAAGUCCCCCACCCCAGCUCGUGGCAUGAAGUCCCCUACCCCAACAAAGAGAAAGUAAACAACAAAAGCAUUUAAAUUCCAAAGAGAGGAAGGAAAAUAAAAAGUUAUUAAUAUGUUAGCAUGAGUCAUCAAAUAGAAAGUUAUUUAACAGUAGAUAUCUGUCAUUUUUCACUGAAGAUGCAGUUGAGCUCUCUUACUCUUUUUCUUCUUAUGAUAGAGCCAAUGUCUCGGAGAGAAAGAAAGGGGGUUUGGGAGCGGGAAGCCAAGAGAUAUUUAGUGUGUUGGAAGUUGUGCCACAAAAAACAGAGAGUUUGUCACCAAUGUUUACAAAGCUGAAUGAGCCUUUUAAUGAACUUGGCUCUGUCUUCCUUGAGGCGCUUUGGUGAAAAAUGACCAGCUUUGAUGUUUAGUUUAUUAAAUCUCUGUUUUAAAAGCUGCAUUUUCAAUUAGCUGGUGGAAUCUUGAGGAAUUGGCUCUCCCUACGGAUGGAUAACCCUGCUGGACCUCCACUUAGCCCAUAGUGGCAGGUGUGGCGUUUCUAGUCACUGACCCAAAUAAAUCAUGUUACCCUCCUCGCCGCUGCGUGUCUCCCCCUGCUUUUGUGUUAAUAAAAAAGAGCCAAAAUCA